CGUGUCCCGGCGGCCCGGGAGCCAAGUUCUCUCCAGGUUUGCAUCAUUAAGGCAGAGAACCCGCCUUCCUCAGCUGGAAGAACUAGAAGGAGGGUGGCUGGCGGCUUCUGUGGAGCAGCUAAAUCCGGCAGAGGAGGGGGCUGAUUUCUGGGCGGUGCCAAGUCUGAAAAGGGGCGCGGUCACCGCCGAGGCUUCCUGCAGAGGCGGAGGCAGCCACGUCCCGCUAUCCCAGGGUGAAGAGGCCGCCUUAGGGUUUGUCGUCCUGAGAAUCUCCAGACAUGUCCGAGGUGAAGAGUCGAAAGAAGUCGGGGCUCAAGGGAGCCCCCGCGGAGCCUGGGAAGCGGAGUGAGAGCGGGAAGAACCCCGAGGCUCGGUGCAGUGGAGGCGGGGGCUGGAUGGACCCCCGGAACGGCGUGAGCCUGCUGUCGCUGGGGACGUGCCUGGGCCUGGCCUGGUUUGUAUUUCAGCAGUCAGAAAAGUUUGCGAAAGUGGAAAACCAAUACCAGUUACUAAAGAUGGAAACAAAUGAAUUCCAAGGUCUUCAAAGUAAAAUCAGCUUAAUUUCAGAAAAGCUUGAGUCUACUGAAAGUAUCCUGCAGGAAGCUACAUCAUCCAUGUCUUUGGUGACCCAGUUUGAGCAGGAAGUAUCCAACCUCCAAAGUAUCAUGCAUGACAUUCAAAAUAGUGAAGAGAUGCUCACUCAAAAGAUGCAAAGCCUUAAUGAGAAAUUCCAGAAUGUUACAGAUUUCUGGAAGAGAAGCCUUGAAGAAAUGAAUGUUAAUACAGACAUUUUUAAAUCAGAAUCAAAACAUACACAUUCUCAAGUUACUGCCCAAAUUAACUCAGCUGAACAAGAAAUAAAAUUGCUCACUGAAAGGCUAAAAGAUUUGGAAGAUAGCACCCUAAGAAAUAUUAGAACAGUAAAAAGGCAAGAGGAGGAGGAUCUUCUGCGAGUAGAGGAACAGCUUGGCUCUGACACAAAAGCAGUUGAAAAGUUAGAAGAGGAACAGCAUGCUCUCUUUGCCAAAGAUGAAGACCUGACUAGUAAACUUUCCAGCUACGAACCCAAAGUUGAAGAAUGCAAGACACAUUUGCCAGCAAUUGAAAGUGCUAUUCGCUCAGUUCUCAGAGUCUCUCAGGAUCUGAUAGGGACAGAAAAGAAAAUGGAAGACUUGACUCUUCAGAUGUUUAAUAUGGAAGAUGAUAUGCUGAAAGCAGUAUCUGAAAUAAUGGAGAUGCAGAAAACCCUUGAAGGAAUUCAGUAUGAUAACAGCAUAUUAAAGAUGCAGAAUGAACUGGAUGUUCUUAAAGGAAAAGUUCAUGAUUUUAUAGUAUAUUCAAAUACAAAAGAAAAGGAAACUCUAGAAGACUAUAAUCUAGAAAAUAAAGGAAUUGAUACUGAUUUUUAAGUGCACUACAUUUAUUCUGAUGAACCACAGUAUUAUACUUAAAUAGAUUAGUUCCAUGCUUUUGUGUUAUUUUGAUAUGCCUCACUUUAUCCUACGUUAUUGGAAAAUAAGUGAGAUGUCCACACAAAUGGAUUAUCCAGACGGUCAAAGCUUUUUAAGCAAUAAAACAUUUCAUUUUAACCCUUUUAAAUGUAAAUAUUUCUAAAAUAGGUAUUUCUCUACUUUUUUUAAAGCAGUAUACUUGAUAUUGUCAAUGUUUUUCUAAUAAUCAAUGGGUAUCAUUAUGAAUUUCAUCUGUUAUAUUGGACCCAAAUAUAAUAUCUCUAGGAGCUAUAGAGUAUUUACCUCCCAACUCAGUGACCCUAGUUUGCUACUUUUCAAAUCUUUAUCUAUUUCUUAUACCUUUCUGUCACCUGGAGAGGUGACCCACUCACCUGAUCUUAUUGUCAAGUUGGUUGGUAAUGUGCCCGUGGAGGCCAGUUCUUCAUUUCUUUGCAAUUUACUGCAGGCUAAGAAUCCAGACAACCAAGUUCAUAGGAAUUUUGUCUAAAAUAAAAGAUAAUAUGCCUCAGGGAGAGCCUGGGGUGCUCUGCUAUGAAUUAAUAUGCACUUUUUGAAAACUAUUGAGCCUGGGAAACUUUUACUUUUUGUUAAGGUUCUAAACUGUGUUAUAAAUACUUAUAAGAAAUUUUUAAAAGAGUAAAUAUGUUCUUUUUGGAGGUUUUCCCCUAUGAAUUAAAUGUGUAUGCUUUGACGUGUGAACCUUAGGAAUAUCUUUGUAUACUUGGCCUUUUUUUUUUUUAAGUUCUGUGUUACAGACUCUACAGAGUUUGCUAGGUACAUGAUCUCUAGAUAAGUUAUUCUACAUACAAUAAAAAUACACCAGUAAGCCUGUGCCCUAUUUUAAAUAGGAAAAAGCAGCAUAAUUAGAAAUGAUGUGAUGAUUAUGAGAAUUAAAAAUAUGUUAUUAUUUUAAAGAGUCCCUAAAUUACCCAAUCAAAUUUGUUUUACAUAGUGAUUUUAUUUUAUACAAAAUUAUGUAAUGGAGUCAUGAGGAGUAAGACAUAGACAUACUGAGAUGUGAUUAAAGGGAUCUCUGCCAGAUUUUUACAAUAAUGGUAAUUGGAAAUGUGCAGGUUUAGGGGCACACAGAAGGCUUUUAUUGGUAUACUGAUGUAUGAAGAGUGCCCAGGGUUAGUGUUGGAAACUGAGUUAACUGCAAAUGGAAGCGCUGUUGUUAUCUGUUUCUUCUCGCCAACGACCAACUAUAGUCUCAGUUUUAUAAUGCAGUUUCAGUGGAAUUAAACACAAAGAACUUGAAUUUAGCAGUCAGCUACAAAAGGUAGUUGUGGUCAGGUGGUGGUAUGUAAAUUUGCACGUUUUUUGAAAAAUCCCAAACAAGUUCUACUUUGGGGUUAGGAACGUCUAUGGUAGACACCCGUGGGCCAUAAAAAUAGACCUGAAAGAGUGCCGCUACUGGGGGCACAGCAUUCAUUUCUGGAAUUUUAACAUUAGAUCUUUUGACUUCUGAAUAGCUAAGUUCUUGUCUGUGCACUGACAGAAUUGUAUUUGUUUACCUUUAUUUUCAUGCCAAUAAAAUAAAUUAUAAAGUUA